ACAGCUUUGCAUCUCUUGGUACAAGCUGCUUUGGGAAUAUUCUCUUCCCUUUCUUAAUGAAAUUUUUGACAUAUUGAAAUCUCGACGAGCAAUCGGAUUUCUGUUCAUCCCCCAGGCUUCAUCUCUCUGGAUCAUACCGGCUAAGGCUGGUCUGGGUUCUUGGCGGUAAACAGCCUUCUCGGGUAGCUAGGUAGCUCCUUUGCAGCUGUUCCCCUCAGUCACAACAUCGUCAUAUACACUAGUCGACCGGUCUUUCUGUUCAAACCAAACUACCGACCACAACACCAAGAAUCAAGCUCCAGCACACUCGUCAACAUGGGCAGCGUUGAAGACGAGACGGCCCUUCCUUCGGGCGGCCGACUUUUGCUCAUCUCAAAUCGCCUGCCCAUCACCAUCAAGCGCUCAGAUGAUGGCCAAUACAGCUUCUCCAUGUCCUCUGGUGGUCUGGUCACCGGCCUGAGUGGUCUCGCCAAAACCACGAGCUUUCAAUGGUACGGAUGGCCGGGUCUCGAAGUCCCAGACGCCGAGGCCGGCCCUGUCGUGCAGAGGCUGAAGAAUGAAUACGGCGCCCACCCGGUGUUUGUGGACGACGAGCUCGCCGACAGGCACUACAACGGGUUUGCCAACUCGAUCCUCUGGCCACUUUUCCACUACCACCCUGGAGAGAUCACUUUUGACGAAUCGGCGUGGUCUGCCUAUAAGGAGGUUAACAGGCUGUUCGCCCAGACAGUCGUCAAGGAUGUGCAGGAUGGCGACAUGAUUUGGGUCCACGACUACCACCUGAUGCUGCUUCCUGAGAUGCUGCGCGAGGAGAUAGGGGACUCGAAGAAGAACGUCAAAAUUGGAUUCUUCCUCCACACGCCCUUCCCCUCAUCCGAGAUAUACAGAAUCCUGCCAGUUCGCCAGGCCCUGCUCCAGGGUGUGCUGCACUGCGACUUGCUUGGGUUCCACACAUAUGAUUACGCACGGCAUUUCCUGAGCUCAUGCUCACGUAUCUUGUCUGCGCCAACAACCCCCAACGGCGUCCAAUUCGCCGGUCGGUUUGUCACAGUCGGCGCCUUCCCCAUCGGAAUUGACCCGGAGAAGUUUGUCGAGGGUCUCCAAAAACCCAAAGUCCAGCAGCGAAUUGCGGCUCUCACUCGCAAGUUCGAGGGCGUGAAGCUCAUCGUAGGUGUCGACAGGCUUGACUACAUCAAGGGCGUGCCGCAGAAGCUGCACGCGCUCGAGGUCUUCCUGACGGAGCACCCAGAGUGGAUCGGCAAGAUCGUGCUCGUGCAGGUAGCGGUGCCUUCGCGACAGGACGUCGAGGAGUACCAGAACCUGCGCGCCGUGGUCAACGAGCUGGUUGGGCGUAUCAACGGCAAAUUCGGCACCAUCGAGUUCAUGCCCAUCCACUUCCUUCACCAGUCGGUCAGCUUCGACGAGCUCGCCGCCCUGUAUGCCGUUUCGGACGUGUGCCUGGUCAGCAGCACGCGCGACGGCAUGAACCUCGUCAGCUACGAGUACAUUGCCACCCAGCGCGACCGCCAUGGUGUCAUGAUCCUGUCCGAGUUCACCGGCGCUGCGCAGUCGCUGUCUGGCUCGCUUAUCGUCAACCCCUGGAACACGGAAGAGCUGGCCAACGCCAUCCACGACGCCGUCACCAUGGGCCCCGAGCAGCGCGAGGCCAACUUCAAGAAGCUUGAGAGGUACGUCUUCAAGUACACCAGCGCAUGGUGGGGCUCCAGCUUCGUCGCCGAGCUCAAUAGGCUUGCAGCCGGGAUUGAAGGUGCGGAUGCGGAAGGCUCAAAGACCAAGAUCGCCAUCAGGGGCGUUGGCGAUGCCGUUGCCGACGGCGCCGGCAAGGUUGCAGACGCCGUCUCGUCAGUCUUGCCGGGUGGCGACAACAAGACGGAGGGAAACUGAGGCUUGACGGGGUAACAUAAUGACUUUGUUUUAUAAUGACUUGUGAUUUUGUCUCUUAUUUACUAUUUCAUCUGCCUAUUUGCGUGCCAGUGACGGUCUCUCUUUCAUAAACAGGUUGUGCCUUUCCGAGAUGCCACCGAGGCAAAAUACACAAAUAGCAAACGAAAGUAGGCGUAGCAGGAAUAGAUUUCGAAUUGAAAUUCUCCAUGCACCUGAGAAUUGAUAACAGAGUAUAUUUCAGCUAUUGUAAUGCAUCC